AUAGGAGCCUUAUUUACAUUUUCUGAAACAUAUUAGUCAUGAAAACAUCAGGAUGGCAUCAUUUGUGAUCAUUGUUUAUUGUCCGCCGAAAGCACCUAUUUGUGACAUUAAGACAUCAAAAAGUUGUAAAAAUGAUCUUACUUUACAAAGCAAAGUUAAUUAAAUGCUAUACGUUAAAAAUAAAUUGAAGUGAUAUAAGAUAAGCAUAAUACAUGACUGAUCAUGUAAUCUGUAAUAAUACAUCAUUGUACGCAUCACGAAUAUCAUAAAACAGCGUGUCACAAAUCAGUAAUUGUAAAGUAAAUCAGGACGUCGAUCAUUUUAUGACGUAAAAUUAAUUAUUUUAACGUCACAUUGACGUGUUUGUAAUUAACUUGGGCUACUCGAGUCGAAUGAUCGCAAGGCCAAGUUGCAAAAGACGAGGCAUCGCGCAGGGAGAGGGGAGGAGUCUAUCGUUCGGAGUCCGCAGGGUAGAACGCAAUUUAUUGAUAACGUUGUCGGGCGCGACGAUACGCAGAAUGUCGGGUUCGACCGCUGACACAUGUCCUAUCGGCGCAGGACGAUGUUAAAUCAUUGUUAAUUGUCGUGCGUUUAUCGCACUCUGUACUUGUCCGUCCAAUAGAAGUAGCGCGUGACCACGUGGAAUGACCAGUCAUGGGCAGCAAUAUCUUGCCGUGCUUCGUGUCCGGGGUGAUCGUCAAGGGCUUCGGCAGGGGCUCGAGGACGCUCGGCAUCCCGACAGCUAAUCUCCCACAAACCGUGGUCGACGCUUUGCCGAAGGAUCUAAGCACUGGAAUUUAUUACGGUUGGGCGUCCUUGCAUGGAGAGGUAUAUAAAAUGGUCGCAAGCAUAGGAUGGAACCCGUAUUAUAAGAAUAAGACAAAAUCUAUGGAGGUUCACCUGCUACAUGAAUUCGAGGACGAUUUCUACGGCGAGGAGCUCAAGGUCAUUAUUAGCGGAUACAUAAGACCAGAAAAAGAUUUCUCUUCUUUAGACGAACUCAUCGUGGAGAUAAAGAAUGACAUUGUAGUCGCGGAACGUCAAUUAGAAGAACCUGUUGUAAAUAAGCUGAAAAAUGAUGAUUUUUUGGCGGUUAAUAAAACAAACUAAGAAAAACAUAAGUCUUUCUUCUGAUAAAGAAAAUAUUUUUGUUACUUUCAGUUGCAUACUUAAUACAGUAUUUAUGUAAACGUAAAAAUAUUGCUAUGAUAUUAGUGGAAAUAAAAAUUUAGAAAAAUAUGUAAUGUAU